AUGGUGGAGAAUAGCGGUUGUUUAUUAGAUGACUGUAAUGGGUUAUGGUCAUGGUAUUUGCAUAAUCUUCGUUGUGGUGAAUUUGAAGAGCUGAGCAGUGAUAUUGUUAAAUGUAGGCUUAUGAAGAGACUGGUCAAGGAGUAUUCGGGCGGUACAAUGAGUGCCAGUAAUAGGGUGUUGCUGGUGUCUGUUCCUGACGAUAUAAGACAAGGUGCAAGUAUUUUGGAAGAGUUUCUGAGAAGUAGUUUGCCGGGGAUGAGAGAGGUGCGUGAUGGUAAUAUAACAAAGUUGACAGGUCGGAAGGAUUUGUUGAAUGGGGAAGAUCAUUAUUUGAUAAACGAUACGAAGGGGGGUGUCGCCGGAGUGGGUUUGACGGCCAACAGACCUGUGGAGUCUUUUGGUUCCCACUUCCAGCGACAGGAUCAAUGCGACAAUGAGUUUAGUUUUGGUCAUAGUAAUGCUUCCCUAGAAGAAACAUUGAAUGUUAGUUUGUGUGCAAACACGGGCUUAGAAAACGUUGCGGGGAUAUCUACUCAGUUGAAGGGCAUAGGUUUCGAUCCGGUGAGCAAUGAUAUUUCUUAUAUGCAGCAGAAUAUUGAUGUCGACCGCCGAGAACAUACGUUGGACGGGGGAGGUGUUGGGGAUACAGAAGUUGCAAGCGAGAAGCCGAGAAAUGGAGAACGUUUUACAACUAGUUUUAAAGCUAAUAGCUUAACGGCUGUGGAUAACAGCAAGCUUUUCACAUUUGGUCUGUCCUCUUCUGCGAUAUCUACGUGCAAAAACUCAGAGGAAGUGUCGAUUAGAAGUAGUGAAUCAUAUCAGUCCUACGAUGGAGAGGUUUUGGCGCGUACAUUGACUAGAGAAGAACAUAUCCAGGGCUCUUGUUGCCCAACUGAACAUAGACACGAGGAACUCUAUAAUGAAGGUGACUCUACUUCGGAGCUGAGCAGUGCGUGUAAUUCUGUGAGUUCUGAUUGCUCCAUUUUCCCAAGUAUAUCCAUAUCGGGUGACGAGGGUGACUUUAGAAUUGUACUUCAGUCCAUACUAAUCUACAACACGACGUUGGAUCAGUUGCUUACCGCGGUAAGGCAAUCUAACAACGAUACCACAGUUGCCGACAUUAACGACGACUGGCUUCUUUACGACGAAAGAUUUUCAAUGAAUAAUAUACAGAUGGUGUCACUUAUCGACAUAUUUGAAAUGAAUGGCGUUUUCCCAAAGAUACUCUUUUAUUCGGUCGUUGCUAUUCCAUGUAACAACACUGCAUCAAAGGAGGCAAAUUCAUGUGCUGAAAUUGGUAAGAAAAACGCUUCGAAUAUAUCUAAUUGGAUAUAUUCUUGCAUAUCGCAAAAUACAUUAAGUCAACAAGCAACUACUGCAGAUUCAGCAUUUGUGUUUGGCGGUCCCAGACAUUAUCGAUGGCAUUCUUCGGAAAGGGAAGAGCACGAACCUUUGGCGGGUGAUGGUGAUUCAGUGCAUAGAGAGGGGAAUCGGGCAUCUCCGUUGACCUCUGGUGCAGAGAUUGUAACGAAUAAUAUUCCCAUGCUUUCCACACUUCCGGUGCAUUCAAAAGCGUUUUCGAGAACCGGAUCGGUUAGUGAACCGACUAAGACUCGUGUGAAUAGUAAUCGUGAGAUACAUAAAUGCGAAAGUCAUUCAUCCAUUACGGAAAGUAGACGUAAGCUAAGUGACGACAACGAGGACAUGUUUCGAUCCAAGUAUAUCAUAUCGAAGAAUCCGUCCAAGAACGGCCUUACAAAGAUCUCAUCUUUAGGUUCCUUGUCGUUGGCUCAUAGGGAGAGGAUGUUCUCAUGCUCGUUACCUGGCAUGUUGCACACUGUUUUUAAUGGGACUUAUGCCUCUGAUGAGCAUCCUCUCGCUGUUCCAAGAAAGAAAGUCCGAAUGCCGAGUUGGAGGCGGCUGCAUAAACAGAGCUGCGGGAAGCAGAGCUGUGGGAAAAGGCAGGGAUUUGUGUGCUGCGCUGUUAUGUAG